AUGAUUUUAGGGGAAGAGCUGUGGCCGAGAGAGAGGGAUCUAAUAGUGGAAAUGCUGUUCAAGCGCGAAAAGGCAAUUGCCUUCGAUUUCUCGGAGUGCGGAAGGGUCAGUGGGGACGUGUGCCCGCUGCAAGAGAUUCGCAUAAUACCGCAUGAGGCAUGGCAGUCGCCCGGAUUCCCGGUACCAAAGUACCUACGGAGCCAGGUAGUGGAGAUGCUUGAGGAAAGGAUUAAAGCCGGGACCCUGGAAUACUGCCACGGGCUGUACCGCAACCAGUGGUUCCUGGUCAAGAAGAAGAGCGGGGCUUAUCGCAUAGUUGAUACUGCGAUGAAGUACAAUGCAGUUACAAUAAGGGACGCAAAUUUGCCGCCGAAUAUCGACGAAAUAUCAGAUGAUUUUGCAGCGUUUAUGACCCCACUGGGACUAUUGCGGCAUACUACGUUAGUUCAAGGAGCUACGAAUUCUGUUGUACAGUUUAUUCGGGUAAGGCAGACAAUCUUUAAAGACUAUGUCCCGGCGAGGGCGAGGAUAUUCAUCGACGAUAUCCCGGUUCUAGGGCUAUACUCUAAGUACGGCGACGAAGAGGAAGUUCCUGGGAUCAGGCGAUUCGUACUCGAGUAUGUUAAGAACCUUGAUCUUGUUCUUGCGGAUAUCGAGAGAGCUGGGGCAACGAUAGGGCCAAAGUCCCAGUUUGGAGUAGCAGGACUUAAGUUUGUGGGGUUCCCUACAUACAACGAUCAGACGGAAGUGCGGGCCUUUUUGGGCGUUUGUGUAUAUUACCGGAUCUGGAUCCUAUCCUUUGCAACAAAGGCGGAGCUGCUCUAUCAGCUACUAAAGAAAGGGGCGGUAUUUGUUUGGAUACAAGAACACGAUACAGCAAUGGACCAACUAAAGCUGGAUCUUACAACUGCGCCAGUACUUGCUCGACUCGAUGUUUCCAAAAACGCGGGCUUGAUUAUCCUUGGUGUUGAUGCUAGUUUAAAGGGGUGGGGGAUGGUCCUUAUGUAG